UAAAAGAUAAAGAAUCCAUUUUAGAUUAUACAUCACUGAUAAUCAAGCAUUUUGGAAGUUUUUUUUUAAUUUUUUGCUUUGGGUAUUUUAAAAUUUUUAAUUUUCCGUAUAUAAUUAGCUAAGAGUUGCAUGAUAGUCAUGCUUAAAACCGAAACUUACAUUAACUUGCGGUAUAUACCAAUUGCAAUUUGUGUUUUGUUACCCACUACAUUUGUGAUUACAUUAGCAAUUGCACUACGCUUGGAACAUGUAGAUGGCAUUCCGUAUAUUUCGGAUACGGGGACCUAUGUUCCCGAAAGCUGUAUUUUUGGGCAAUGUCUUAAUAUUAUUGCAGGUUUCAUGUGCUUUUUAACAUUUGUAAGGUACUCACAAAUUAAGGAACACGCUGCAGUGUACAAGUUCAGUAAUUCAUUAUUAAUAUGGAACAUUCUUGGUCUUAUUUUGGGCAUAGCUUCUAGUUUUGGUAUGUCUUUAGUUGCCAAUUUUCAAGAGACUAAUGUUCUCAGUGUUCAUAUAAUUGGAGCUAUAUUAUGCUUUGGAGGGGCCACUGUUUAUUUUUGGAUACAAACAAUCUGUACCUAUUAUUUAGUACCAACGAUUUGCUCUAUGAGGCUAGUAGUUAUUAGAGUGAUUAUAUCAAUCUUCUGCACUAUUUUUUUCAUCUCCGGAAUGGUAACAGCAAGUUUAUCAAAAAAAUCUUAUCAAGGUACUAAUCCCCGAAAAUGGAAACAAGAAGACGGUGGAUGGGAAUAUCACGUAAUAAGUGUAUGUUCCGAAUGGAUUGCAGCUUUAGUUAUGUCACUUUACAUUCUUACAUUUGCCAAAGACCUCAAUAAUUGUCGGCUACAUUCCACAAAGAUUGUUUUUCAUUCACCAUGCCGUCGAAAACUUCAAGUACAUAACGAAAUGCAAAACACGGAAAAUUAUUCAACCUUUUCCGAAACGAAAAAUCCCCGGAUUUUAUCGUUUAAAAUAAGGAAUCUAAAAUAAGGAAAAGGUAAGUUUUAGAACUUUAAUUUAAAUCAUAUUUAUAUUUCAAUAAAAAACGGCAAAAUUGACGAA